AUGCCGCGCCCGCCGAAGCAGAAACAAAACCCGAUCUCGGCGGCCGUCAGCUCGUGGCUCGACUCACUCCCGCCCGCGCUGCUCUCCUCCCUCCUCGCUCGUGAGCCACAGCUCCUCCGCGACCGCGCCCCCAAGCGCUGGGUCGUCUACGAGCCCAUGGUGCUGCUCCCGAGCGGCAGCUUCGCGGCCGCGCCGUGGCCCGCCCUGCUGGAUUCCCUCACGCCUGCCCAGUCGUCCGCUCUCUGGGCCGCCAUCCUGCGCCAGCUCUCCCCGGCCGCCCCGAAGCCGCCGCUCACCCACCUCGCCAUAAACGAACGCAUCCCGCUGCGCACGGCGGCGCCUUCGCCACCCUCGCCACCGAACCCAGCACAACAACAACAACGACCGCCACAACCAGAAAAACGGCAACCCAGCCACCACCAGCAAGCAGCAGCAGCAGCAACAACAGCAGCAGCGACGAGAGCCAGCCGCAGAGAGGACGAAGCGCAAGCGAACGCAGAGGAAAACAUCCUCCGCUCACCCACCCACCUCCGCCCGCUGCACGGCUGCUUCGGCCCGCCGCCGCCGCCGCCGCCGCCGCCGCUGCGUAGCAGCCGCGCAGACGCAAACCCGCCGCCCUUGCCCGCCGACUUCGCCGCGGCGCUGUGGGUGUCGACGACGCAGAACGGGCUGCGCCAGGUCUGGGCGCCGCGGCACACCAUGUUCAGCCGGGGCAACGUCAAGGAGAAGGCGCGGAUCCUUGGGACAGGGGUGGGCAGCCGCAGCAAAUGGGCGGUCGACCUCUACGCCGGCAUCGGCUACUUCGCCUUCUCGUACGCGCGGCUCGGCCUGCGCGUGCUGUGCUGGGAGCUGAACCCGUGGAGCGUCGAGGGCCUGCGGCGCGGCGCCGAGGCGAACGGCUUCUCCGUGCGGAUUGUGCGGGCCCCUCCGCCUUGGGAUGGGGAUGGGGAUGGGGAUCUGGAUCUGGUGGCGCUGUUGGGGGAGGAGGAGGAUGGCGAGGCGCCGCAGAUCGUGGUGUUUCUGGAGGACAACCGGCUCGCGGCCGGGAGGAUACGGCGGGCGAGGGCGGCGGGGGUGCGAUUGGAGGUGGUGCAUGUCAAUUGCGGGUUCCUGCCCAGCAGCGAGGGCGUGUGGAGGGAUGCGUGGGAGAUCCAGACUGGCGGUGGCGGCAGCUGUGCCGGGGCAGGGGAGGGGGUGGGGUGGCUGCACCUGCAUGAGAAUGUCGGAGCCGCAGACAUUGAACGGAGGAAGGCGGACGUUCAGGGGCUGUUUGACCGGUGGAAGCAGCAGGACGGCAAUGGGAGCACGGCCACGGUAGAACAUGUCGAACUGGUCAAGACGUACGCGCCGGGCGUGUGGCACUGCGUCUUUGAUGUCUGUAUUACAAGGUCUAAUGCUGCGGAAUAG